ACUCGGACUCGACUCGUUCCGAAUAAAAUUUGUUCGGGCUAACUCGAUUGCUCGUCAAAUCAAGUUCAAACAAAUCGACUAUAUUUGGUGUUACUUAUAUUUACCGUAUAAACCUGGUAAUUCUAACAAACCGCCACUUAAAAAAAAUAUUAAAAAGAAAAAAAGAAUUCCUACCCACAAAUUCGAAUGCUACCAUUCUUUUUUUUUUUUUUUCAUUCAUAAGAAAUUGACAUAAAUAUUCCUCCUUUCUACAAUGCAACCUUGGUUAGUUGGUUCGAUGAAGAGUUCUUGAAUUUAUACUUGUCAUUUUUCAUAUUCAAGACACCUUUUUUGAGCUUAAAUUCUGCAAUUUUGGUUACCUGGGAUUGAUUAAUUUGUCGAUAUAUCCAUAAAAGAUGGGAAAUUUCUAAGCAUUUGAAGCUGGAAUGCUGUUUGCAAGGGUGGAGGGAGUGAUUUAGUUUGUUGUUGUGGUGCAUUCACUUAAAAGUCGAGACUUUUUGUUGAGCUGUACGAUAGUAGAGCUUCAUGGAGAAGCACAAUCAAUGCUCUUUUAGCUAAAAAUGAGGAGUGUGCAGGAUCAGUCAGACGCACAAGAAAUAAAGCCGACUAAUCUUGUUACACAUGAUUCCCAAAAUGUACUACCGAAUAAUGCGAACGAAACUCCUGUACCAGACUCUGGAUCGAUUUCAGCUUCGAGCAACGACAAUAAAAAAGUCUCCCGCGAAGAUAUUCAACUUGUGCAGAAUUUGAUCGAACGUUGUUUACAGCUAUACAUGAAUCGAGACGAGGUGGUAAAAACCUUACUCAAUCGUGCUAGUAUAGAUCCCGGAUUCACAUCCUUAGUGUGGCAGAAGUUAGAAGAAGAAAAUGCCGACUUUUUCCGAGCCUACUAUAUAAGGCUUAAAUUAAAGAAACAAAUAAUCUUGUUCAACCACCUUCUCGAGCAUCAAUAUCAUGUAAUGAAGUUUCAACCGCCUCCAAAAGUAGUUCCUAUGGCGCCGAUAAUCCAGAAUGGAUUUCAUCCAAUGCCUGUCAACAAUUUACCUAUGGGGUACCCCGUUACGCAGCAGUUUCCGAUUCCCGCUACGUUACAACAUCAUAUGAACAUCGAUCCUAUGUACCACGUUGCCAACGGUGUUCCUGCUCCCGCCAAUUUUUUUCCGAUGAGGAACGAUAUGGCGAUGGACACCUGUAGAGCUGACGCGGCACCUAAUAAUAUUAUGCCGCAAAAUAAUGCGAUUUCGUCUAUGCCUGCCAGCCCUGCAUCAAUGGCAUCGAGUGGCCACUUUGCUUUUAGUGCAUCGGAAAUGUCGGGCAUGGCAGUCGAUUCUUCGGCUCUCGACACGGCUUUUACAUCUGACGUGGCAAGUUCGGUUGGACUGGAUCUUCAUGCGGAUAACGGAGCAGGAAAUUCCGGAGAUUCUCCGAGAUCAUUGGCUGAGAUUCCGUGGAAUUUUAGCUUUUCGGACUUAACCGCAGAUUUAUCGAACUUGGGAGAUUUAGGAGCUCUGCAAAGUUAUCCUGGUUCCCCGUUAUUACUUUCCGAUACGGACAUUCUACUCGAUUCUCCCGAGCAUGAUGGUUUAGUAGAGGAGUUCUUGGUUGAUUCUGACUCUUUGAUAAACUUUGACAAUGAUAUUCAAAAAAGACAUGUUUCCUUCCAUUGUUCUGAUUGA